AUGGCUAGCGUUGAAGAAAUCAGAGAGGACGCCAGGGAGCGUGGCGAGCACACGAUAGCUCUGCACGCCCGGGCUAUCCGGGAGAACAUCCGGGAGGCAUCAUCGGCCAGCAUGACGGCGUUGCUGCGGCCUCCCAGCUUGCAAAACCCACUGAGCCCAAUCGUUUUCCCCAAGCUGAACUUUGAGGACGAGAACGGCCCGUACCAGGUGUUGUCUCAAUACCACGACACCUGGUACGAGGACGAGGCGGACUCGUAUCACGGUCUCAUGGGCUUCGAUAGGGGUCAAAUCGGGUUCGACUUGCGCCAAAUGGAGGGCGUGACCAAGACGGUACAUACCACUAAUCAGGAGCAAAUGUGGGAGAACACGAUUCUCGACCUCCUCACGGACUCGGAGGGCGACUUCAUGGCAACCAACUGCAUGUUCAAAGCGAACGACCUGGUGCGAAGGGGCCAGGAGGUGGGUGAUCAACGACUGACGGUGCCCAUGAACGAACUGAUAUACCAGUCGUUCCUGGAGUCGCUGGAAGACGGCACAGAACUAGCUGCCAACCUGAAAGCCAUCUUCGUCCUGCAGAUUUGGAACUUUGAGUUUGACCAGAUCGCCACGGCCCACUACGGCACAGAUAGAGAAGACAUGAUGCCCAUGUCGUGGCGGACGACUGUGGAAGGCGAGAAGGACAUCGCCUACGAGUUUCUGGGAACGCGAGUGCUUUGGGGCUUCGUCCGGAUGCUCUGCAACCACCACGGCGCCCUGGGCGACAAGCCCAUCGACAAGGUCAUCAUCAGACCGACGGAUCCGACGGGCAACCGUUGGGAUGCGGUCAUCAAGCUUGGCAGGGGCCCGGCGAACAAUAAAAAGAUGGUAAAGGGCAAGGAGGGGCCCAAGGGUAAAGAGUCAAUCUUGAAAGCACAGCAACCCAAAGGGUCAUCGUACCGCAUCGAGAAGCGUCCAUACAGCCAAAGGCAAAAGACGCACUCGAAUGGGGCAUAUUUGUACCCGAUCUGGUGGGAGUCUUGGCGUGCUUACGGCUCCGCCUCAUCUUGGAUGGGUUAUUUUCCCGUAAUAUUCUUGGCAUCGGCCUCUGCAGUCAUUGGUCACCCUGUCGAUUCGAAUGCCGGUUAUACAGAUGUUGACGCUGGCAGCCACAGGUCGCCAACAUACACAAACGAACAGAUUCCUCGCCAUGUAUCACAACAAAUGAGACGAAGAAGCGCCCAGGCACCGGCGGCAACACCUGCUGCAACACCUACUGCAACACCCGCAACACCUGCUCCAGCAGCAGCAGCAGCGCCAGCAGCCCCUGCCCAACCGGCCGCACAGCCAGCAGCACAACCGCCUGCUCAGCAAAACACGACACAGCCAGCAGCAAAAGCGGCCACCCAGCCACAGGCUACCAACACAACCGCCAAGGCCCAGGGCCCCACGCGCAUCAGCAAAUCCGCAUUUACAUUAUACUUUCACUGGGAGGCCAAGCCCGUCGCCGUUGCGGGCCGCUGCGUCAACACCUUUUCCAAUCUCGCUCGCCUGGUCUCCGAGGCGAUCCCGCAGUUCAAGCCAUACGUGGACAAGAAGGCCCUCGACGCCAACAUCGAGAAGCGUGGCGCGGAGCUUCUGGAGCAGCACCGCGCGGCAGUCAAGGCGGCCGCUGCUUCUGUCGACGCCACGGCGACGCAGGACGCCGCCAAGGUGGCCGUUCCGGACCCCAAGAAGCCGCCAAAGAAGGACGAAAAGGUGCCUCCGGUGGUUUACCCGCACAUCAAGGGCAUGCAGGGCGGCCAGCCGGUGUACAACAGGACCAAAGAGCCCGUUGCUGCGUUCCUGCGCCACCCCUUGGCCGAGUUUUACCUCCACCACGAGGACCUGAACCUGGAACUGAGCCCAAAGGCAGACUACCACGAGGUGCAGAGCCUCGCGGGGCCGUUCAACAAGGAAAGCCGGGCGUUCCGGUCCGCCAUCGUCAACCUGCUGAUCCAGCGGGGCGGGGAGUACCUCAUCUCGUGGGGCGAGAACAAGAACAACGACGUGGUGCGGGUGGCCAAGGACGACGUGACCAAGACCGAGGUGGGCGGCAAGAAGGUCGAGUUCAAAAGGAGCGCGACGAUGCCGGUCGAGGAGCUGACGUGGCAGACGUACGUCGAGAGCGUGGGCGCGCAAAACGCCACCAACCUCCGCGUGGUGGCGGCCAUGAAGAUCGUCGACGCCGACUUCUACGCCGUCAUGCGCGAGAACUACAAGGACGCCGACAUGGUCGCCGGGGAGCCCGUCAUCUGGAAGCCGGCGGACGGGAAGCUGUUCAACCGUCUGGUGGGCACCGAGGUGCUCGCCAACAAGGUGCAGAUGCUGACGGCGCACCAUGGCGCCACGGGGAAUAGGGACAUUGUCAGCAUCGUGACGGCGCCGGGCAUGAAGUGGGCCGAUCCGUGGAUUGCGGCAAUUAUUCUGGGCGAUGCCAAGCCGGCUGCCACCGCCGCUCCGGCUGCUGCUCCUGCUGCCCCUGCUGCUCCUGCUGCUAGUCCCUCUGCUACUUCUUCUUCUUCUUCUUCUUCUUCUUCUUCUUCUGCUGCCGCUGCUCCUGCUGCUGCCACUGUUCAACCCGCGGCGGCCCCAACUCCGUCGACGACUGCAACGCAACAACCUGCAGCGUCGGCUUCAACAUCAACUGCAGCGCCUGCGGCAACACCUGCUGCCACACCGGCGGCGAAGGCGAGCAGGAGACGUGCAAGGAGGUAG